AUUGCACAUGCUGGGUGGCGCUGUUGUACAAGUACAUGUGUUGUACGUGCGGUUCCACUCGUGUUUUAAUUUACUACUCGUAAAUUUCAGUAUUUGAGUCGCCAUGCGGACAUAACAAGGGGAAACGGACGAUAGUAAGGGUCUCAGUUCUGUGGGAUUCUCAGGGAGAGCUCCAUAAGGGACUCUACUCAGGACAAAACAACUUAUUCAGGGAGCAUGUCCUAGGCGAAGCAGUCUUGAUCACGUGGGAACAGGACGGGCCAAGAUGUUCUCUUCAUUAUCCUCCAAGGUGCUGAAGAAUUUGUGUAAUUAUAAGAAUGUUUUCCCAGAUGUGCGAGGGUCAGGCAUUUUGAUUACCUUAGGCCACAUCAAUACUCGUUUCUCAAGAAAACUUUCCUUAAGUUCUCCCGUACUUGUGAGAACUCUCCGUUACCUGGGUCAGCCGACCUCGCAGACCCACCCUCACCUCGUGCGACCCGGGGAGGUCACCGCGGGAAUCCAGCAGGAGGAAUUCCGCCGGCGCCGAGGUCAGCUGAUGUCCGCCGUCAAGGAGCAUCAUGGGAAACAGAGUAGACACGUCGUUAUCAUCGUGUCCAGCCCGGUAAAGUACAUGGCCGUGGACGUACCCUACCCUUUCCGACAGGACCCAAACUUCCUCUACCUCAGCGGGUUCAAGGAACCCAACAGUGUGCUAGUGCUCGAAUCUUGCCCUGGAGAUUCUCCGACCAAUCACAGAGCGACGCUGCUGGUUCCCGAGCGGAAUCCCGAGCGCGAGCUGUGGGACGGACCGCGCUCCGGCACGGACGGGGCCCUGCAGCUGACCGGAGUGGACCAAACGUUGAAAAUUGACGACCUCGGCAGGUUCCUGGUCCAGUUCAGGACUCAGGAUUGGACGGUGUGGUUUGACCACCUCAAACCGGUUCACAGACAGCUGUGCGAACAGAUCAAGACGUCGCUUCUCCAGCCGAGAACGCUGGAGAGCAAAGCACCAACUCAGCAGGUGAGCAGGUUCGUGCAGCAGCUCCGAUUGGUCAAGUCUUACAGCGAGGUGGCUCUGAUGAAGAAAGCGUCGGACAUCACGGCGCAGGCCUUCACAGAGGCGAUGCGGUUCUCAUUUCCCGGCGUUAGCGAGGCCCAGCUGCAGGGGAAGCUGGACUACGAGUGUCGCAUGGACGGGGCGGACAUGCUGGCGUACCCGCCGGUGGUCGCCGGGGGCAACCGGGCAAACACGCUCCACUACAUCAGCAAUAAUCAGGUUAUAAACGAUGGGGAGCUGGUGCUGGUGGACGCAGGCUGCGAGUACCACGGUUACGUCUGUGACAUCACCAGGACCUGGCCAAUCAGUGGCAAGUUCACGGAGCCACAGAGACAGCUGUAUGAGGCCGUCCUGAGCAUCCAGAAGACGUGCCUGAACCUUUGUCGUCCCGAGAUCUCGCUGGACCACAUCUACACUGUCAUGCUGAACCUGAUCGGGAUGAAACUGAAAGAUUUGGGGAUAGUCCGGGACAAGGAAGGCCACGAGCUCACGCAGCCCGGGCGGUACUGCCCCCACCACAUCAGCCACUACCUCGGAAUGGACGUCCACGACACGCCGGACAUGUCCCGAUCCUCCAAACUAGCUGGAAUCUACGUCAAGGAAGACGAUCAGUCGGCGCCACCCGAGUUCCGUGGGAUCGGGAUCCGGAUCGAGGAUGAUGUGUUGAUCACGGACGGGGAUCCCCAGAUCCUGACUCGCAACUGCCCCAAGGAAGUGCACGAGAUCGAACAGCUGAUGGCAUGAAACAUGAGCCACCUGUACAAGCAGAGAUGAAUCAUGUGUACUUUGUAGUGUAAACCUCUGUUCCAGCACAAGAGAAGUACACUACACACAAUAGUGGUGUGUACCUAAAGCCC